UCUAUUCAGGCAGCAGCAGACUGGCUCACACCCAGAGCAGCUAUAUAUAGAUAUAAUACAGAGACACAUGCCAUUAGUAUCCUGACAGCAAGCUGCAUGCAGACAGACAGUGAUCCUUAAAGAGAGUCGUAACAAGGCAUUCUAUAUAUGUGACACAUAACCGGGAAUCAGCUGGAGCAGACACAAAGGGAAUUUUGCACAGAUUUAGCCCACACUGACCACUGAGUAACUGCUGACAUUGUUGGGGCUCUGUCUCUAGGGGAGACCGAUGCCUUUUCGCUCCUCCUGGACGGAUAUGAUUCUUUGUGUGCGAGGUACUCAGAGCCUGUUGGCCGAGCAAAGGGUCAGCAGACCGUGUUCGUGCGUGGGGGCCCCUGGAUUUUCUGCUGAUCAAGUCAUGCAUCCUCUGAACUCUCCAGCCUGCACUAGACCAGCCCCAAACCCAGUGGAGGUGCCCACAAGCACAGAAGACAGUGUUACCAACCCACAACCCCAAAGUCGCAGUCGGGACCCAGAAGCAGAUCUGCUGUGUAUUGCAAGGACUUUCUGCUACCUGCGGGAAUCUGGCUGGUAUUGGGGCUCCAUUACUGCCACGGAAGCCAAACAGCAACUUCAGAAGAUGCCAGAAGGUUUUUUCCUGGUAAGGGACAGCACUCACCCCAGUUACCUCUUCACAUUGUCAGUUCGGACUAACAGAGGUCCUACCAAUGUCCGCAUUGAGUACUCUGAUGGCCUUUUUCGACUGGACUCCAACUGCCUGUCCAAGCCACGUAUUCUCUCCUUCCCAGAUGUUGUCAGCUUGGUACAAUACUAUGUGUCCUUUUGCCACUCCGAUGUUAACAAAGAACCUGCCUGCCAGACACCCCCUGUGCCACCAUCACCCAAAGAGCCUGCUGCUGUUCACCUGAAGCUUUUGCACCCUCUGCCCCGUGGUGCACAGUGCCCCAGUCUACAACAUUUGUGCCGACUGCAGAUCAACCGGAGCCUGGCACCAAAUGCAGAGUUAACAGAACUGCCACUGCCCAGAAGGAUGGUUGAGUACCUGCAGAGAUACCCAUUCAGACUCUGAGAGACCCAUAGGUAUCUGAUGCCCAUGACUGUACGUACAUGAUAUUUAUUUGAAUUCCUACUCCCAGACUUUUUCUAUUGGUUUAUAUUUACCCAAAGGGUAAACCUAGAGACGCUACAAGCAUUAACUUCCAGAGUUCCAGAAUCACCAACAGUCCUGCCACAAAAAGUGCCCCCCUGUUGUAAUGUAUAUUAUGAUGGCAAUGAACCUCAGUUUUAAUAUUGGUAAUCCACAGCACUGUGUGCUGCCCAAGGAAAUAGGGGUCCAUUAAAGGUACAAGCAGAACCAGAAUGAAGAGUCCUGAUAAACAUUUCCUGUGAGGCAGAGCCCAGUUUUGCACAUACACACACUGCUCUGCCUCUCGGGUCCCUCUGGAUGCAAAGGGGUCAUUGCAAAAACACUAAUUUCAAUUUCCCAACAAGCAGAUGACAAGGCUGUUUUAGAAGCCAUGGCACUUUAUGGGUUAAAUACUACCAUUACAAAUGCAAUGCUGCUGGAUGAAAAUAAAUAGGAGAUUUGAUAAUUA